AUGCCUGGCAAGGGAGGCGCAACCCUGCUUGAGGACCUGCCCGAGGAAAUCGUUGACAAGAUACUCAUCAGGUUGCCGCCCAAGGACGUCGGCCACUGCCGUGCCGUCAGCAAGUCAUGGCGCAGCGCGACAUCCACGCCUGCAUUCAUGCUCGAGCACCGCCGCUGCCAGCCGUUGCUCCCCAUUGUCGACGGGCAAGGGCGGCCGGCCAGCCUCGUCGUUCUCCGUGAUGCCGGUGCCAUGAAAGCCCCCCACCAGCAGCAGCUCUGGCCUUUCUUCCCGGGCUACAAGCCACUUUCCCACAAUCGCCUCAGAGGCGCUUGUGGUGGCUUCCUCAUCGUCUCUCAGGGAUACACGUUCUACAUCUGCAACCCGGUCAUCCGCAAGUGUGCUCUCCUGCCGCUGCCUGAGAGGGAGUACAACACCAUAGCCGGUUUCUACUGCCACCAUUCAAGUGAAGAGUAUAGGGUGCUCUGGGUCUCACGCCCAGACCACUUGUCUAACUCCAGCUUAUACGUCCUCACGGUGGGAUCUGACAGGCCGAGGCAAAUCAGUGUCAGAAUGUCAAUACUCUCAUCACCUUCAGUGGAACAGGAUUUACUGAGCAAGCUGUACUCUUCACCACCAGUCCACCACCAUGGCAGCCUGCACUGGGGUCUUUGCCCUUACGUCAACAUUAUGGGAGGUCGCGUAGACAUUAUUGUGUUUGACACAGAAGCAGAGUCAUUUCGGUGGAUGCACGGUCCCAUCCAUUCCCAGCCAUACUGUAACUGGAAGCUGUUCGACAUGGAGGAGACGUUUGCUUUCUGGUGCAGCUUGAGUGAAAGGUCUUCUAUGGAUGUCUGGGUGAUGCAGGAUUACAAGGCUGAAAUCUGGGCUUUCAAGUACCGGAUUGACCUGUCAAUGGUAGAGGCAUCAAGGCAGCUUUAUUUAACUUCUUUCAAAAAGAAAAAGAGAAGACCACUUGAUUCAACAGUGCAGUAUUUGGACAACAUGGUUGUGCUAAACGAGCGUGAGCUGCUGAUCGCGUUUAAUAUGAAAAAUGUGUUGCGCUGGGAUAUUGAUGGCAAGUUCUUAGGUAUUGUGAACAUUGGAAAGAGUCAGUACUGCAUGUCGCUUACGCACCACCGCCUCCAAGAGAGCAUUGUUCCGAUUCCAGGCCAUGAUAUGAUGGAAGAAGAAUAUGAGGAGUAUCCAUUCUCCACAGGGCAUGCCUGAAA